CCUGUGCAUCCGCCAUAUUGCCUUCGCCUAAACGCGCUGGCUGGAUCAGCUCGUACCUACAACUGAAAAUUGUUGCAGUGAUGACUCAGACAGUUCAGACCAAUGGGGUUCAACCCCUUAGUAAGACCUGGGAACUGAGUCUGUAUGAGCUACAGAGAACUCCACAGGAGGCUAUAACAGAUGGACUGGAGAUAGCAGUGUCACCCAGGUCCUUGCACAGUGAACUUAUGUGUCCUAUCUGUCUGGACAUGUUGAAGAACACAAUGACAACCAAAGAAUGUCUGCACCGCUUCUGUGCUGAUUGUAUCAUCACGGCUUUGAGAUCUGGUAAUAAAGAGUGUCCUACCUGUCGUAAGAAGCUGGUGUCCAAGAGGUCGUUGCGUCCAGACCCCAAUUUUGAUGCUCUGAUUAGUAAGAUUUAUCCCAGCCGUGACGAGUACGAAGCCCACCAGGAGAGAGUUUUGGCCCGCAUUAGCAAACACAACAACCAGCAAGCCCUGUCCCACAGCAUAGAAGAAGGACUGAAGAUACAGGCCAUGACCAGACUGCAGCGUGGUAAGAGACACACGGUUGAGAAUGGAAGUGGAGCUGAGGACAACGGAGACUCUUCUCACUGUAGCAACGCUUCUGUCCACAGCAACCAGGAGGCAGGUCCAAGUAUCAAGCGCACUAAGACGAGCGACGACAGCGGUUUGGACAUGGACAAUGCUGCAGAGAACGGGGGCGGGGACUCUGUGAUUGAUGGGGGUGCCAGCGAAAUAGAACUGGUGUUCAGGCCUCAUCCCACCCUGAUGGAGAAGGACGACGGACACAACAGUGUGGAGUUUGUUCCUCGCUACAUUAAAACGUCCGGCAACGCUACAGUGGAUCACCUGUCUAAAUACCUGGCUGUCCGACUGGCUCUGGAGGAGCUGAGAAGAAACGCUGAAGCCAGUCCUGUUAAUGUGGAAGCAGCUUCAGAGAAACAGUACACGAUCUACAUACCUACAGCUGGAAACCAGUUCACUGUUCUGAACGGUUCUUUCUCCCUGGAGCUGGUCAGCGAAAAGUACUGGAAGGUCAACAAACCCAUGGAGCUCUACUUUGCUCCCACUAAAGAACACAAGUAGACGCACAUGACAACACACCCAUGCAUACACUCACACACACAUUCACACUCACAGGUAAGAAGCGAACACAUGGACUUGGCUACACUUGCACACACCAGAAACCAGAGGAGGGGACGUGUGUAUGUGUCUGAAGGAGAUGAAGGGGCUUGGUGAAGCCCUCAAAAGGACUCUUGUAAAAAGAAAAAAAACUCUGUUUUAUAUUCUCUGUAUCUUUCUCUGUGUCUCUUUCUAUCUUUCUCUCUGUAGAAGGUAGCAGAUCAGUACAGCAGCCAGCAGACUGGACUGCCAGCAGUGACUGUAGAUUCUCUCCAAACACCAGGGUCCAUCCUUAGUCUGAAUUAGCUUGUUUCUGAGUUUUCUAAAAACAUGUUAUGCUGUAUUUGUCUUCAGCAUAGGCUCCUUUCUGUUGCGAGCUUUUUGGUUCAUAAACGAGGUGAAAUGUUUGGUCGUCAGUCCCUCACUGUGUGACACAACAGCUGAUUUAGAGACCAAGGCCAGCUGUGUCCAGAUUCUGUAAAUACCCAUGGACAUAGAGGUCACUUGGGUUGGUGUGUCUAAACUAUACAAGGUUAAGUAAGGCGACAUGUAUCGACAGAAAGUCCAUCAUUUAAAUUUUAUGGAUGGAAGAUGAAGCAUUGAAGGAUUUUGAUGUUACCACAAUCUGUCUGUGGCUUGAAUUCCCCUCUUUGAAAUGUUCACGCAAUUUCAAGUUUUGCUAUAUUAAAAACUUGAUUUGUAAAUUUUCAAAUGUGGUUUCUAGUUAAUUAUCUGAAGGUUUCUUUGUAGAACCACACGACUGCCAGAGUGAGAAUUACAGGGAUUCAGCCUGAAGUAAGUUUUUUUUCGUUGUGAACUUUGGUGUCUGAAUUUCACCCAACAUCAUGUUUAGAAUUCAGUUCAAUCAGUAGUUCUGAAAAUGACCACUUGAAUCUGAUUAACGCAUUAGUUGUGGAACACUGGUGCUGGAAUUUCAGAAACCUCAGGUUUAGGUUGGACAUGUCCCAGAGGGGAAUUCGAAUCAUGCAUAUGGAGAUCGAAUUCAGUGUUUAACAUUAAGUAAUCAGUGGCUUAUAACAAUUCGCCCCCCUUUUUUUUUUUGGCUUCCAUAGAUUUUUAAAUCUAAAUUGGCAUCACACAGUCAGACACAGAUUGCAACCGACAUUUAUUGGGCAGCUUUCCACUGAGCUUGAGGUGGCACCAACACUUAGGAAGCUUUUGACGUUUCUCUGUCCAUUGGAACCUUUGCUGGCGGCGCUAAACACGAGUUGAGCAAAACCAUGACAAACAGUAGUUACUGGAUGUAAAUCAUAUAAGUAAUGGAACAAUGAGGGCUUGUUUUGGCGAUUUUUAUUUUCUUUAUGCCUUCAACUUUAACCAAGUGUAGUGUACAUGGGGUCUCUAAACUAAUAUGUUGAAUACUACAAGGUUUGUUCUCACUGGGGAGCUUUGACCAGCAGUGGGCAGUGCAUGCAUAUCCAGUUACACCUAUCUCGUGCUGUGAAGUUACAAAAAAAAAAAAAUGUAAACAAGCUAUUUUUCCACACGUCUCUGUAAUCUGUAAAACCAGAGAGAGAGAGAGUUUACCGAGAGAGGCUGCGGUCCAGGGAACAAGCGAGCAUCAGAUGAAGGGUGAAGCGAUGACUGCGAAGCUCUCAGUGUGAACACAUAAACGACCCUGCUGCACCGUCAGCGGGACUCCUCUUGUUUGCAGAAUACAAUCUGGGAGGCGGAGGGUCCAGCAGAGCGAGUUGUCGUGUGGAAAAAAGAG